UCCUAUUUGCUACCGGCAAUUGAACUGGACAAAUGUUGUUCGACGAAAUGUUUUCACAGAUGCCGAACUGGGUUUAUAAGCCAUCGUUCUUCGACACGCUGCAUCACAGUUUCGACCUGCAGUCUCCAACACCAGAGCACUGCUGGAAGCUAGUUUGAAGCAGUAUGAAAAUUUUGUCAAUCUUCGCCAUCACAGUAGCCCUUGCGGGCUACGUGUCCUGCAGGCCAGGAGGCUUACUGGGUGAUUUACUUGGUAAAGAUGGUUUACUUGGUGAACAUGGUUUACUUGAUGAUAUCCUCGAUGGCGGCGGUGAACAUUAUACCAAAGGCGGCACAGGCGGCAUAGGCGGCGUUGGCGGUUUAGGCGGUUUAGGCGGUUUAGGCGGUUUAGGCGGUUUAGGCGGGGGAAGCGGUAACGGCGGCAACGGCGGCAACGGAGGCAACGGUGGCAACGGCGGCAAUGGCGGCGACGGCGGCAACGGCGGCUACGGCGGCGGCUACCACAACGGCGGCGGCGGCGGCUACCACGACGGCGGCGGCGGCGGCGGCGGCAAUCACUUAGCCAAGAUACUCGUUUUGUAAAGCAAUUUCAUCAGCCGAUACGAAGAAAAUAAGAAAUCACCAGCUUAAAUUUUUAUCAGGCCGAUAUUCAGAUAAAACGGAGGCAGACGCUCAAAGACAAAUAUAUAAUCAUCGGAAGGAUCCUCUCUUUCGACAAACAUCAUAGACACAAUGUAAAACAGUCCUGAAGCGGGACAACAUUCUGUGCUUGUCUAUAAGAGAUGUAAUUACCUGCAUCUCCAGCGCCAGACGCUGCGAUUGGAUCACUGCUAGCUUAUAGCUAUCCGUAUUUAAUCUGAUUUAGCGAAAUGAAAGUGAAAAUUUCGAGAGAAUAUACCACGUAAAGCGGACUACCAUUGUAAUCGCGCAUACCCUAUACUGAGUAUCUAUAUCUGUAUAUUCAUAUAUCAGACAAUAAAAUUUUCUAACAUUUUUCUAACGUUAAUUCGUCAGCAAUUAUU